AUGGGCCACGGUGAUCGUCAGGGUGUAAUUGUUGGAAUAAAAACUGUGCAAGGAGGUCGGGAAGGCGAGGGGGUUUUUGCCAGCUGCACGAAGGCUUGUAAAACGGUUGGUGCAGCUGGUGCAGGUGCCGGUGUUGUUGCUGUUGCCGGUGUUGUUGCUGUUGCUGGUGUUGCUGUUGCUGGUGUUGUUGCUGUUGCUGGUGUUGUUGCUGUUGCUGGUGUUGCUGUUGCGGGUGUUGUUGCUGUUGCUGGUGUUGCUGUUGCUGGUAUUGUUCCAGGAACUAUUAUGUACAUUAGCGUUUGGGACAUCUUGUACUAG